GAACGGAUCCUCGGGGGGAUGAUGGCCAUUGGAGCCAGCUUCACCUGUGCGUCGCAUUGUGUGCUCCCCGUGGCCAUCUGGCAACCUUGAGUCCGCGUGUGUGUGCGUGUGUUUGCGCUCUUAUUCAAAUAGAAAUUGAAUGUUUUGCACUCGAAUUCCGUCAAUUACCGCCGUAGCGUUGGCAGUGAUAACGCGAUACAACUGGACGGUCGUUUGUGGCAGCGCGUCAAUGAAAUGGGGAGGAACAUCGUAGGCGUGUUGCAUUAGAGGCUGUCGUUUCGGCGAUCUAACUCCCAGGCUUGGCUUAUGCUAUUCCUCGCUUUCUUGCCCCCUUAAUCCUUUUGCUCGGCCGUCAGAGAUGCGUAGGUCGUGCACCGUGAUCGUGAGCGAUAUUGUGUAAUCAAUUUCAGCUCUUUUUGUUUUGUAUAAUACCUGGACCCUUUUCAAGAUUUGCAAGAUUUUCGAGAAAUCUGAAGACAGAAAGUACAAGCUUUUAUUUAGAGCAGAGAAAAACAGAGAUGCUGGUUGAGGGAGUAAUAGUAAGUUGCAAAAUGAUCAUUUUGUUGCUUAGACUGACUAGGUUUCUACCUGAAAAUAAAGUAAGGUAUUAUUAAACCGUUAUAAAAUGUUUAAUUUGAGAUCAAAAUUUAAAGCAAACCUUUUAUUUUACCAAACAAUUCUUCGUUGAAAUCCAAUGUGUUACCUGUUGAAUUAUAUAAGGUAAUAUAUAAUUCUUGAUGAUCAUUCUUGAGCUUUCUCACGAGCCGCGUUGCCUACCUGGCCCACGAUUAAUGUGGUCAUCUCUAGGCUGACGCCAACAGAGCGUAGUGCUAGCUGGCGUCGAGUGAAUCAUGAUGCAAAUACUUAAGGUGGACUCAUAAGCUUUGUUGGGUACGAACGAAACAUUAAACAUGUUAAGAGGCAAGAGCUUAAUAGCGAUAACAAGCGAACCACUGUUCUGAGAAGAGAGCACCAUGCCACCAUGCAUAGUUACACCAUGAAGUGAAUGACUCCGUUGUGGGGCAUCAAGGCAGAGCCGCAGAGGAAAGGAAACAGAUAAAGAUAGAGCAGCAGAAGUAGACGUAGCUGAAGCAGAAGUUCAGGUCAACGUUGUUGUUGUUUAUUAUCCAGUCCAAAUGUCAGCUGUUUCACGCAACAUGUACCAUAAAAGCGGAACAGCGAAGCGCAGAAAAAGAGCAAACCGAUCAAGCCCAGGACAGCAGAAGCAGCAAAAGCAAGAAAGAGAGCGCUGCUAACAACGUAAAAACAAAAUCAAUGAACACACACAUGCAUAGGCGCAGCAACAACAACAACAAUAACCAUAGAAGAAGCAACAACAAGAAUUAAACAACAGGAGAAAGAAGAAAAGAGGGAGCCUAACUGCUAAGCGAGCGGAAAAGAUAAAGUGCAGCGGAGCUCACUAAAAAGAGAUAGAGGGAUAGGAGAUCCAUCUACGAGCCAAGAGCAAUAGCUACUGGAAGAUCGGGAGAGACUAGAAAGCGGAGAGCAGAGGCUGUGGAUCAUUCAGCGUAGUCGGAGGAGGAACCCCCCGCCAUGACAAUCAUACUCUUCCUGGUGGACACUUCGUCGUCCAUGUGCCAGAAGGCGUAUGUGAAUGGAGUGCAAAAAACCUAUCUGGACAUUGCCAAGGGCGCCGUGGAGACGUUCCUCAAGUAUCGCCAGCGGACGCAGGACUGCCUCGGUGAUCGCUACAUGCUGCUCACGUUCGAGGAGCCGCCGGCCAAUGUGAAGGCCGGCUGGAAGGAGAACCAUGCCACAUUCAUGAACGAACUUAAGAACCUGCAGAGUCACGGCCUCACCUCCAUGGGGGAAUCGCUGCGGAACGCCUUCGAUCUGCUCAAUCUGAAUCGGAUGCAGUCGGGCAUCGAUACGUACGGCCAGGGCCGGUGUCCUUUCUACCUGGAGCCCUCGGUCAUCAUUGUGAUUACGGAUGGCGGCCGGUACUCUUACCGCAACGGUGUCCACCAAGAGAUCAUACUGCCGCUGAGCAACCAAAUACCGGGAACCAAGUUCACCAAGGAGCCGUUCCGCUGGGACCAGCGUCUCUUCUCGCUGGUUCUCCGGAUGCCUGGCAACAAGAUUGACGAGCGGGUGGACGGCAAGGUGCCGCACGAUGACUCCCCGAUCGAGCGGAUGUGCGAGGUGACCGGCGGACGGUCCUAUCGCGUCCGUAGUCACUAUGUGCUCAACCAGUGCAUCGAGAGUCUCGUGCAGAAGGUGCAGCCGGGCGUGGUGUUGCAGUUUGAGCCGCUGCUCCUGCCCAAGGAGCCGGCAACAGGCCAAGCUGGUUCGAGUGGUAAUGCUGGCGCGGGUGCCAUUCAAGGUGCUGCCGGUGGAGGCGCGGGCGGAGCUGGCUCAGGAUCGGUAGCGGCCACCUCUUCGUCCUCGUCCACGUCCUCGUCCGCCUCCUCGUCGGCGGCGGCGGCGACAUCGGGCGGAGCAGGAUCAGCAGCAGGAGAAGCGCCCACGGACAUAGUCUUCCAGCCGGUGAAGAAGAUGAUCUACGUGCAGAAGCACAUCACACAAAAGACCUUCCCCAUCGGCUACUGGCCGCUGCCGGAGCCCUACUGGCCGGACUCCAAGGCCAUCACAUUGCCGCCCCGCGACGCACACCCCAAGCUGAAGAUCCUCACGCCGGCAGUGGACGAGCCGCAGCUGGUGCGCAGCUUCCCGGUGGACAAGUACGAGAUCGAGGGCUGUCCCCUGACGCUGCAGAUCCUCAACAAGCGCGAGAUGAACAAGUGCUGGCAGGUGAUCGUGACGAAUGGGAUGCACGGCUUCGAGCUGCCCUUUGGCUACCUAAAGGCCUCGCCAAACUUCACCCAGGUACAUCUAUACGUCCUCGCCUACAACUACCCGGCGCUGCUGCCGCUCCUGCACGACCUCAUCCACAAGUACAACAUGAGUCCGCCGAACGACCUCAUGUACAAGUUCAACGCCUACGUCCGCUCCAUACCGCCCUACUACUGCCCCUUCCUGCGCAAGGCCCUGGUCAACAUCAAUGUGCCGUACCAGCUGCUGCAGUUCCUACUGCCGGAGAACGUGGACAACUACCUGUCGCCCACCAUUGCCAACCAGCUGAAGCACAUCAAGAACACGGCCAAGCAGGACCAGGAGAACCUCUGCCUGAAGGUCUACAAGCAGCUGAAGCAGCCGAAGCCCCCCUACCGCCAGGUGGAGACGGCCAAGCUGUGCACGGGUGCCGCCCUGCGACGGGACCUGGUGCGGCAUCCGCUGCUAAGGGACACGUUCGCCAAGCUCCAUGCCGAGAUCGAGCCCGUGGACAACUACACGAUUGUGGUGCCGCAGCUGACGCAUCAACUGUCGGCGAAGACGUACCGGAAUCCGUUUGAUAUUCCGCGCCGGGACCUGAUCGAGGAGAUUGCCCGGAUGCGCGAGACGUUCCUGCGACCCGCCUCACUGGUGGCCAAGGAUUCAGGCCACUGCCUGCCCAUUGCCGAGAUGGGCAACUACCAGGAGUAUCUCAAGAACAAGGACAAUCCGCUGCGCGAAAUAGAGCCCACCAACGUGCGGCAGCACAUGUUUGGCAACCCGUACAAGAAGGACAAGCACAUGGUAAUGGUGGACGAGGCGGAUCUCAGCGAUGUGGCGCCCAUGAAGUCACCCAAUGGCAACGGGCCGGGCGGUGCGCCGCCGCCGGGUUCCGGUUCGGUUUCGGGUUCGCCCACAGGACCGGGACAACCGCCACCGUCGCCAGGUGGCCCUGGCGUGGGCCAAGGUAUGUCCGGCCUAUUGAUGGGCGGCGGCGGAGGCGGCGGCGGCGGUGGUCUCUCCAAGAAGCUGGACGGCACGGCCCGGGGACGCAAACGAAAAGCAGGACCUCUGCCGCGCGCCUUUGAGUUCCGGCGGAUGUCCACGGACUCGCGUUCAGCCUGCUCCAGUCCCGUGCCCUCCUCGACGACGACGACGAGCAGCAGUGGUCCAGCGGGCGCAUCGAUGCCCGGUGCCUUGCCAUCGGGAUUGGGCCUGGGAUGUGAUUCCUCGACGCCGGCCGACAGCAGUCCCGGUUCCAGUUGCUUUGACGAGGACAGCAACAGCAGCUGCAGCAGCACCACCAGCAGUGGCUUUCUCAGCUCCUCCUCCGUAGCCUCGGAGCAGCGGGAGUCGCCGAACGACUCGGGCCACUCGGAUCGCCUGGGCAUCGGCUUCGACUUCAACGAGGAGGAGACCAGCGACCAGGACACGCCACUCAAUGGCUACGUGCACAACUUUAUCAACGGAAUCAGCGAGGACGCGAUGGGUGCCGCCGACCCGGAGGCGACGGCGGAGGGCGCAAGCGACGCAACGGCGACGAUGCCGACGACCGCAGUGCCACCGUCUUACUCUGCCCCCGCCACUGCCGUAGUCGUUGUGCCCGCAGAGCCUCCUCAAGAAGCCUCGCCGGCACCAGCAGCAGUAGCAGCGUUAGCGGCGACAGCCAGCAAUGGCAACGAUGCCUCCUGUCCCACCAUCACCGCCAGCAGCAGCAGCGUCAGCGGAAACUUUGGAAGCGGAAGCAGCAGCAGCAGCUCCUCGGGAGUGCUGUAUGUCCCCCUGAACGGCCUGACCACCCAUGCCGCUUACAGCAGCAACCUGGGCGGACUCAGUGCCUCGCCGCUGGACAGCCUGAGCUCGCUGCACGGCUCCAGGCCAGGCCUACUGCCCUUGGCCAAUGGCUACGGGCAUGGCCCUGGAGCAGCGGCCAUCUCACCUCCAUCGCCCCUGUCGCCGCCCACCAGCAACAGCGCCACCACCUCAAGCUCCAGUUCCAGCUCCACCUCGGCCUUCAGUCACUUCAGCCACAACGACAUCAACGAUGCCUCCGAGAUAUCGCGCAUUCUUCAGACCUGCCACAACGGCACCAGCUCCUCCUCCUCCUCUGGAGCGGGAACCAGCAGCAGCAGCGGUAGCAGCAGCAACCUGAAUGGCAAUGGCAACAGCAGCGGCGGCAGCAGCACCUCGUCUUCCGCGGACAGCGGCCUGGCCGAAGAUCACUACUCGCUGGGCGGCAAUAGCUUUGAUGCACUGAAGCGGGCGGCGGGCGUUGUGGGCGGGAAUCCCCACUAUUACUGGGCCAGUGGCCUCAACCAUCACAACAACAGCAGCAGCAGCAGCAGUACCACCACCAGCAACAACCAUCGCAGCCACAACAAUAGCAGUCCCAGCAAGCUAAUGGAUUCCCCGGGAAGUGGAGUCAAGAGCGGCAGCUGCGGUUCCUCGCCCACGCACAACAACGGCGGCGAGGUGAGUCCAACGCCACCACUGACCCUCAGCGAGGAGCAACGCGAGGCGGCCCGUCGCCACAACAUUGACUUGCGCCUGCAAAUCUUUCGGGACAUUCGUCGGCCUGGACGCGACUACAGCCAGCUGCUGGAGCACCUGAAUCUGGUGAAGGGCGACCACGACAUGCAGUCGGAGUUUGUGGAGAUGUGCAUUGGGGAGUCUUUGCGCUUCCGCCGGCACCGGAUGGUGUGCAGCAUCCAGGACUGGUGGGAGGAGAAGCAGCAGCCCACGCCGACGACAGUAGCCGCCGUGUCGGAGCAAGCCGUCGCCAAGAGUUAACGAUGGCUGAUGUGGCACCACUGAGCCCACGGGGUCAUCAUCCAAGCCAUCCGUCUGUGAGUGCGUAGGAGAUUGUAGGGGAAUCAAAGAGGAGCAAGCUCCUGGUGUAAAUAGUGUUGCCAGAGGACAGCCAGGGAUGAAUGGGACACGGGCCUAUAGCCACCAGAUAUCGUAUAUAUAUACCAAACAGAAAGAGAACCGCAGCGAAGAUGGAAAAGAACGCGAGACAGAGCGAGAGGGAGAGGGAGUGUCUAGGAUCGGGCCAAGAUAUUUGUAAUUAGGAUUGUGUAAGUAUUUUUAAUGCGUAAAACUACCUAAGGAUCCACAAUACACACAGAUUUUGUAGCCGCCGUUUCUUUUAGACAUUUAUAGUUGUAUAAAUAUAUAUUUAAAUUUAAAUGUAGGCUACAUUCUCUUUUUUUUCCAUGCCUAGACUAAGCCUAGAGUUAUAUAAAUCGAGAGUUUCGAUCCCAAGUGUACAUUGUAUGUGUAAAAGCCGAUAAAGGAGAGUUUUAGGACACGUUUUAGCCAAUUUUUGUUGGAAACCCCAGAAUAGGAUGCCUGAACAAAAACCCCAAAAAAUCUACAAAAACGGUAUACAUAUAUAUAUAUAUUUUUAAAUUAGUACUUUAUAUUUAUUGCAAAUUAAUUUGUAUCCCCCUUCGGGCAGCCUUUCCAAAUCUCCAUUUGUUUUUUUUUUUUGUAGGUUUAUAUUGAUAAUUGAAUAUUUUUUUAAGGAGUACAACAACACACGCAACAAUGAUGAACAAGAAAUUAAUAAAAGGGCGUUCCGUUUGUUAUAUAAAUAUAUGUAAAAUUAAAAUUUAGAAAACAUUAAAAACAAUAAAAAAUAAGAGAAAAGUAUAAACUAAAACCUAAAUAAAUAUACAUUUUGCACUAUUUUUUUACGUGUAUAUCUGUGUGUGUGUGCAGCAUGGUGUGUGUCUGUUUGCGAUACAUGAGUAAUUGAUUGAUUGAUUGAGUAAUUGAGAAUAAAAAAUUAAACAUUUGCUAAUAUUAGCUAGGCGGAUGGCAGUGAUUUUACGACUGCUUCAGGAUUAAUAAUCAAUUAUGUACACUCGCAGAAAGUGCGUUUAUAUAUUUAACAAAUUGCAUACACACAGCAAAAGAGAAAGGAAAACAAGAUCAACAAACAGCAGAGCGGAAAACAAAAACAAACGAAAUCAAAGACAGAA